UUAUUUUAUGCUGUCCAUCGUCAAAUUGUGUCCAUAUUGUGCAUCUUGAAAAAAGAAGAUUCCUUAUAGUGACCCGGACGUUCGCUACACUCGAAAAGGCUUAAUUGUGGGUUUAGCCUACAGAUGAUACCAAUAUAUUGGAACAAUUUAAGUCCCGACGGGAGUAUAAUUCUAGAAUUGUUCAAUAGGCUUAGUACAUGUAGACGUUAAAAUUAGGCAAAUGUCUACAAGCAAGGAAUGUUUGUCUUUUCUGGGUAACUAAUUGACUACAAUAAAUGAAUGCAGCCAAUAUAAAUAAAAAAUCUUGAACCAGUAACAAAAAAAAAAAGGAAGUAAAAAAAGUAACAAAACAAAAAAAUGUCAAAAGAGAAGUGAAACUGUUUCAAACUCAAACGACAUUUUAAAGACAGAGGACAACGAGGAUGCAGUAAAAAAGGGAUUAAAUUGGAUAAAAGAACGGAGUCUUGCAUCAAGAGCCGAGCAGGACAGGAGACAGGGCUGGGGGGCACACAGGUUCUGUGAUGGCUGAGCAGAUCGUGGGGAUUCUGGAUGAGCUGAAAGGAGAAGAAUUUGAAAGGUUCACAUUUUAUUUGAAUGAUGAGGUGCUACAAGGAUGUGGACCCAUUCCACAGGGCCAACUGGAAGGCAAAAAUGUGACAGGUGUUGUGCAGCUGAUGAAGAGUUUCUAUGAUAACAAUAUGGUGAAGAUUACACUGGAGAUCUUAAAGAAAAUUGAUCGAAAUGACCUUAUUCAGAGACUGGAGAGCAAUCCUAAAAUGGAUGAAUCUGUAAAAAGAGCCCAAGAUGACCUGAAAACUCAUCUCAGGAGGAAGUGUCAAUGCAUGUUUGAACAUGGCCACCGAAUCCUCCUCAAUAAGAUCUAUACAGAGCUCUACAUCACAGAGGGGGGAAGUGGGGAGGUCAAUAAUGAACAUGAGGUCAGACAGAUUGAGACAGCAUCCAAGAAACAAACCACACAGGAGACUGCAAUCCUCUGCAAUGACAUCUUUAAGCCCUUACCUGGACAAGAGAAACCCAGAACUGUGCUUACAAAGGGCAUUGCUGGCAUUGGGAAAACUGUGUCUGUGCAGAAGUUCAUUCUGGACUGGGCAGAAGGAAAAGCCAAUCAGGACAUUGAUUUCAUCUUCACUCUUCCUUUCCGAGAUCUGAAUUUGGAGAAGGAAAGAGCAUUCAGUCUGAUGCAACUUCUGCAGCACUGCUUUCCACAAAUGAAAGAGAUCAAAAGUGUUGAAGGUGAUGAAGUCAAAAUGAUGUUUAUCUUUGAUGGUCUGGAUGAGUGUCGACUUCCUCUAGAUUUCCAAAGCAAAGCGAUCUGCCGUGAUGUAACAGAGUCAUCAUCAGUGGGUGUACUGCUGACCAACCUCAUUAAGGGAAAUCUGCUUCCCUCUGCUCUCCUCUGGAUCACCUCCCGACCAGCAGCAGCCAGUCAUAUCCCUCCUGAGUACGUCCACCAGGUGACAGAGGUACGAGGGUUCAAUGACCCACAGAAAGAGGAGUACUUCAGGAAGAUAAUCAAAGAUGAGAACCAGGCCAGCAGAAUUAUCUCACACAUAAAGUCAUCCAGAAGUCUCUACAUCAUGUGUCACAUACCAGUCUUCUGCUGGAUUUCUGUUCGUGUUCUAGAGACAAUUUUGAGUAAAGCAGAGAAUGGAGAUCUGCCCAAAACUCUGACUGAAAUGUACACACACUUCCUGCUCAUUCAGACUAAUGUGAAGAAUAAGAAGUAUCAUGGCACUGAUGAGACAAAACCAGAGAUCUCAGAGUCAGAUACAGAAAUCAUCCUGAAACUGGGGCAGCUGGCUUUUCUACAGCUGGAAAAGGGCAACCUGAUAUUCUAUAAAAAAGACCUCACAGAGAGUGGCAUUGUUGCCAGUGAAGCUUCAGUGUACUCUGGGGUGUGCACAGAGAUCUUCAAAAAGGAGUGUGGGUUGUAUCAGGAGAAGGUCUACUGCUUUGUGCAUCUGAGCAUUCAGGAGUAUCUGGCUGCCUUGUUUGUGUUUCAAACUUGUGUAAAUGAGAACAGAAAUGCACUCCAAGCAAAAAAAUAUCGCAGUGACAGAGUGCAGCUGUCUGAAUUACACAGGAGUGCAGUGGAUCAGGCCUUAGAGAGUAAGAAUGGACACCUGGACCUUUUCCUCCGAUUCCUGCUUGGCCUCUCUCUGGACUCCGUUGAGACUUUCUUAAGACGCAAAAGAAAUCCCAUUGUUACAUUCUUUCAAAGACUAAGGACACAGCCAGAAAGCAGAUCAGAGAGCAUUGAGAAAACAGUCCGGUACAUUAAGGAGAGGAUCAGAGAGGAAUCUUCAGCAGAGAGGACCAUCAAUCUGUUUCACUGUCUCAAUGAACUGAAUGACAACUCUCUAGUGCAGGAAAUCCAGAAUUCCCUGAGAUCAGGAAAACUUUUUGAUAAAAAGCUGGAACCAGACCAGUGUUCAGCGCUGGCCUUUGUGUUACUGAUGUCAGAGGAGAUCCUGGAUGAGUUUGACUUGAAGACCUACAACACAUCAGCAGCAGGUCAUCAGAGACUGCUACCAGUAAUCAGGAACUGCAGGAAGGCCAUACUGAACAGCUGUGACCUCACAGAGAAGUGCUGCAAUAUUGUGGCCUCAGCUCUCCAGUCAUCAAACUCACCCCUGAGAGAUCUGGACCUCAGCUACAAUAACCUGGGAGAUUCAGGAGUGAAGUUGCUCUGUGCUGGACUGAUGAGUCCAGGCUAUGAACUACAUAGACUGGGGUGAGUAGUGCUGUGUACUGUGUGACUUUAAAUAAAUAGAAUUUGUGAUGAUGUGUGUAAGAGUGUGAAUUUUAUCACCAGGUGGAAAACAACCUCACUAAUUUUCAGAACCUGUAACCUGAAUGUUUACGUGUGAAUGCAAGUUAGCGUAUAAGCACAUUAACAGGGGUGUGCUCAUAUGAAAUGAUGGGCAGCAAGACAUUGUACCCUGGAGAGACUAUCUACUGCUGCCAGGCAUUCGUUCAAGUGUUCUGUGACAUCAAGACCUUCAAUCAUAGGAAUCCAGGAAUCUAAAAAUAACAACUAAUUAAGGCUUACCCCAUCUGGGUGAAGAGACUAAUCUAAAUCUAAAUAUCCCAGGGCAUGACCUCUGUAUUAUUUUAUUGAAUGACAUUCAGAUCCAUCUGGUCACUGACUCUAACAGCGACCCCAGAGGAGCUGCACAUCCUGCUAGUGAAACUAACAAUAUGCCCAGUGAGUAACCCAGUUAAGGUGUUACCUCAAAACUUUAAGUUACUGUCGUAACCCCAAUUCUCUGAAAUACAGAGUGGAGAGAUCCACCUAUGGGGAAUGACAACCAGUCAUGACUUGUGUAGAAGCAUCCAAUUGCACCAAGUGUGGCUCUGACAGACAGUAGCAUGUCCAAUGCGAAAGGAGGCUACUGCCCUCCUGGAAGAGCACAUAGAACACUGCAGUGUUACUACUCUUCAGUGACCAUAUUCACUUCUCAUGCGCGGCAAGCAGGGCAGUCUUGGUGGAUCUCUCCACCAGGGUUAAAACAGUAACCUAAAGUUCUCUUUCAUCAUCUCGUGUUUGAGAUCCACCUAUGGGGAGAUACGGACAACUCCCUGAUUGCCUUAUGCUCACAGCUGAGAUGCUGUCAGUCCAGCAAGGGAUACCUCCUCCCCUGAGAAGAGGGUGGUGUCUGGGACAUCCCGUGUAGGGAAGUACUAAACACAUUCCACUGCCCAAAGCUAUAGCCAGGUCCCGGGAACAAUGUGAAGUACUACAACCCAUAGCAGAUGAGGGGAGAUGUGUUUGCCUCACACAGAGCUCACCCCCAGAACUGAAUGGGGUACUGGCCUCCUGGUGACGUUCAGGCGGUAGAACCUAGCAAAAGUAUAUGGAGAAACCCAGGCUGCGGCUGAAUAAAUUUCCUGCAAGGAUACCCCAUGGAAUAUGGCCCACGAUCCAGCCAUGCCCCUCGUAGAAUGAGCCCUCAGGCCCAAGGGGGGCAUUAUCCUCUUUGAAUCAUAUG